GAAGGAAGCAGAAAACCCAAAAUGAAAGCGCCCCCCCCUCCAGCUCUCUUCACACUUGUUGAAUAACGUUUAUCUCCAGCCCUGCGGCGGGUUUUGGACAUUUCUCCACCCGGCUUCUGGCGUCUGUCUCCCGGGUGUGGACGGGCAGGUUUGAGGCUGCAUGGCUGAGCAGCGCUUUGACUGACAAUAACAUCCAUUUCAAACACUUCACACUGUCGCACACACACACACUCAGCAUCCACCUCUACUGGAUCGAUAUUUCAUUUUUAUUUAUUCAGCUGCCCAAGCGGGAGCUCCGGGAAUCACAGCGAGCACGGCGCACUGUCCUCGGUGCAGCGCCGCUGGGUGGCACCGCUGUCUCCGGGCGGAGGGACUCUGAUCACGGCGUGGUGGACGGAUCUCUCCACCGUGAGAAGACGACGUCGAAGAGACUUGAAAACAGAGCACUGCCGCCUCCCUGGAUCACCCACACCAUUUUUAAUAAGGUGGAUACGCGAUUAAUAUUUCAGGAGUUAGGUAGGCUGUUUUCUACUCUGUGGGGCGGGAGGCUCUGGGAGGCACGCCGACCGCAGCGCCCUCUCCGCCGGGCAGCACCACUGGGUGGCACCGCUGGGUCCAGCCGGUGAGAUGAGUUUCCACCGGGGGUUAGCAAACUAAUCUCGUCUGGAUCACAAAGUCGUGACCUGGUUGCCUUACUCUGUAUUUCUGGACCUGGAUAAUUAGCUUCUGAGGCAGCGGGGGAAGCUGCAGGACUCACACCGAGCACGGCGCCCUGUCGCCGGGCUGCACCGCCGCGUCCGGCCCGGUGGGAUGCCUCGCCACUGGGAGAGGAUUAUUUUCUAGAGCUCCAGGCUUUUUUCUCCACCUCACCAGUCACACCCGUGCUGUCACGCUCCUGUCAGUGAGUUUGUGUGUAGGUAGGAGGACAUGGCGGACUCCGGCCGGGCCAGACCGGCGGACCCUGACGCCGCGGACGGCCGGACAGCGAGUCCUCUGACCGGUAAGAAGAGGGCGCAGCAGUCGCCUGGUCUCCGGCCCAAGUACCAGAGCUCUGCACCGGGCCACUGCCUCAGGAAAGUCACCCUGACCAAACCCACCUUCUGCCACGGCUGCAGCGACUUCAUCUGGGGGCUCAUCGGCUUCCUCUGUGAAGUGUGUAACUUCAUGUGUCACGAGAAAUGUCUGAAGACACUGCGUUCAGCUUGUUCCUGCAUGACUCCGUCUCUGGUGCGGGUCCCGGUGGCUCACUGCUUCGGUCCGGCGGGUCAGAAGAAACGUUUCUGCUGCGUCUGCAGGAAACAAACGGAGGGAAGCACGGCGCUGAGAUGUGAAGUGUGUGAGCUGCACGUCCACACUGACUGUGCCAUCUUCAGCUGUGCAGACUGUCGCAGUUCUCACCUGGAUGGGACUCUGCAGCAGGAUACGUUCCACCACCACUGGAGGGAGGGGAACCUGGCGUCAGCGGUGAGGUGUGAGGUGUGUCGACGUUCCUGCGGUUCGUCUGACGUCCUGUCGGGAAUGCGGUGUGAGUGGUGCGGCAUCACGAGCCACGGGGCGUGUUACCUCAGCGUGCCACCAGAGUGCACUCUGGGACGUCUGCGCUGCAUGCUGCUGCAUCCGGCCUGCGUCCGCCUUGACUCCAGAAACUUCAGCAAGAUGCAUUGCUACCGCAUCACCGAGAGCUGCAACCAUGACCUGGAUAACUGUGAUGAUGUUGAUCCAUCUGCUGCUGCGUCCAAAGACGGUCAGCCGGCUGCUGCAGAGUCGGGGAAGCAGUUUCUGAAGGUGUUUGACGGUGAUGAUGCGGCCAAGCGAGGUUUCUUCCGAUUGGUUUCCAUGAUUCGAGCCACAAGGAAUGAGGAAGUGGUGGAGGCGGUGCUGCGGGCCUUUUACCUCCCAGAUGACCCUCAGGACUAUGAGCUGCAGGAGGUCGGUGGCUUGCAGCGUCUCCAUAGCGACGACAUCCUGAACCGUAACGGCGGUACAGACAACCGAGGUUCUCUGAAGGACGGAGGUGACUCCUGGCUGCUGAGGGCCAAACCCCGAGACACUGAGGUUAUCAAGGUGUACGCAAGCUGGCCCAGGUCGGGUGCUGCUUUCAUCUCCGUCUCCGUCUCUAAAAACAGCACGGCGGAGUCGGUCCUCACCGAGGUCCUCAGUCAGCUUGACAGACAGGAGGAAGAUGUGUCCGGUUUCAGCCUGUUGGAGGUCUGCAUGAGCAGCAAGCAAGUUCAGAGACAGACGCUGACGCCUCAGGAGAAGAUUCAGGACAAGCUGCAGGAGAUCAGGAAGGUGUCUCUGCGUCAGAUGAACCAGACUCGGUUCUACGUGGUGGAGAGCAGGAACCGAGCGGUGCAGGUCAACCUGCUCAUUGGAGGACUGCCCGCCCUGCUGAACAAAGAGGAGUACGUCGAGCUGAUCCAGGAACACCUGACCAUCAAGAGUCACCUGGUCACCAUCAGCCACAUCUAUGCCAGUCAAGGUGCGGUGGCGUUGCAGAUCUCGUGUUUCUCUGAAGCAGAGAGGAUCUACAUGUUGGCUAAAGACACGACUGUCAGCAACAAGACGCUCACUUCCCUCGUUAUCCCAGAGAUCUUGCACAACCAGCUGGGAGAAGAUGUCUGUCCCCUGCUGGUGUUUGUCAACCCAAAGAGCGGCGGCCUGAAAGGCAGAGAGCUCCUCUACAGCUUCAGGAAACUUCUGAACCCUCAUCAGGUCUUUGACAUUUCCAAUGGAGGACCGCUGGCAGGCCUCCACACAUUCCGGGAGGUUCCCAGCUUUCGGGUGCUGGUCUGUGGGGGUGAUGGGACAGUGGGCUGGGUGCUGGGAGUACUGGAAGCUGUGCGGCACAAACUGGUGUGUCGAGAGCCGCCCAUCGGCAUCGUACCGCUGGGAACAGGUAACGACUUGGCCCGUGUCCUGAGGUGGGGACCAGGUUACAGCGGUGAGGACCCCCACCACAUCCUGGUCUCUGUGGACGAGGCCGACGAGGUUCUGAUGGACCGGUGGACCAUCCUGCUGGAUGCACAGGACAUUUCUGAGGACGGAAAGGACAACGGCUUCCUGGAGCCACCCAAGAUUGUGCAGAUGAACAACUACUUUGGCCUCGGCAUCGACGCAGAGCUCAGCCUCGACUUCCACCAGGCCCGAGAGGAUGAACCUGAUAAAUUCACCAGCAGGUUCCAUAACAAAGGUGUGUACGUGAAGGUCGGCCUGCAGAAGAUCAGUUACACCAGGAGUCUCCACAAAGAGCUGCAGCUUCAGGUCGACGCUCAGAACGUCCCGUUACCAAACAUAGAGGGGCUCAUCUUCCUCAACAUACCCAGUUGGGGUUCUGGUGCUGACCUCUGGGGGUCAGAGGUCGAUGGUCGCCAUGAGAAACCAAGCAUUGAUGACGGCCUGCUUGAGGUGGUCGGGGUCACCGGGGUCGUUCACAUGGGCCAGGUGCAGAGCGGUAUGCGCUCAGGGAUUCGUAUCGCUCAAGGGAACUACAUCCGGCUGAUGGUGAGCAAACCCAUACCUGUCCAGGUGGACGGAGAACCGUGGAUCCAACCGCCCGGACACAUCAUCAUCUCUGCUGCUGGACCAAAGGUUCGGAUGCUGAGGAAGUCAAAACAGAAGCAGAAGAAGUCUGGUUCGAAGGACGGACGUUCUGAGAGUCCGUCCUCCAGAGACGGAGGACACUGACCAACCUGCCUGAAAAUCAGUGUCGUGGAUUUUACCUACUUCCUGCUGCACCUGGGAGGCCAUUUUGGUGCCAGCUGUAAUUUCACUCAUGUAGCUGUGUAGCGAUGCUGACGGGCUGCAGGUCAACUUGAUUGAAGGAGGUUUAACGUUUACAGCCCGCACACGUUGGGAGGAAGAACUGGAUCGCCUCAAGUUUGGUACAGUUGGGACCACAUUUCCAUCCUGCUGACCGAGCACUUAUCACUUACAGAUGGUUAAUAUUCAGAAACUAAAUUGACUUUUGUACCUAAAGCGUAACAAUAACAUGUAAUUCAUAGAUUAAAAUUAUUCUGCAUAGAUUAAGAAAGAGUUGACAAUUUCUCAGUAUGAAUAAGCUUCAGCAUUGAACAAAAAAGUUAUAGUAUUUAACAGAAGUGAGUUUCUGUCCAGAUGUGACUGUAUAUGUACAGUAGGUAGCAGUAGACUCAGUGUCAGUUGAUUUAUUGUAGUAACUUUAGUUGUAAAAAGUAAUGUGCAGCUAUAGAGUGAUUAUGACCUCAGUGUUGGUCAUAUUGUCAUUUGAGAAUAUGAAGAAACUGAAGUACUGAAGCACUCCUGAAGAGACCGACAGGCAGUUUCUUUGAGAAGCUGUAACCUCAUUACAUUAAUCUUAACCAUAGAUCUCCUGGGAGGCUGAACUGGCUCUCUUCUUCUUCUUCUUCUUCUCUUGUGUAGAAUUCUUUGGUAAUGGUGGUUUUAGACAGUAUUCAUGUUGCAGUGAAGCUCCUCAAAGCUAAUGAGCGCACAGAAUCAAACAAGAAAUCUCUAAAACCACCGUGCAGAGUUAGUGUGUAACCGGAACAAGAAUCAAGGAACUGAUUAAAAAAUAAAAGUAAGAUCAGACUGAGCUGCGGCAACAAGUUUUAAACUCAAGAUAAAGUGGUAAAGCCUGAAGCACAGUUUGUAUUUUAGCAAAUGGGAAAUGUGAAGCUUUUACUUUUACACCAACUGUAAAUAUUUGAUUGGACGUAUGUGUCCAUGUUUCACGAGGUUUGUUUUGCCACAAAUAAUCAUUUUGUUAUAAUAUUUAGCACAAGACAUCGAUCUUGUGCAUACUAGAUAAUAAUGUGUGAACAAAGGAUUAAAAAAAUAUCUUUUGUGAUUUUGGAGACUUCAUAGAAACCUAUAAAAACUUGUGACAUUAUCGGAUUUACACAAAAUCUGGCAGUUGCAUAUCUGUAUCUGCUUAAGUUAAUCACUUCAAAUACUUGCACUCGUACGAAAAAAAUUGUCAGUCCUAGAUCAUGUAUUUUGCGAAAAGUUAGAAGAAGUAGCCUAUAAAACAAGAGACGCUGCCGUAAAUAGUAGCACAUAAUAAUUAAAAAAAACUUUACGUUAGCUGGCUGCUAAGUUACAUAAUUGACUUAUCUGUUUGUCCAACUUUCAUAUUAAGAUUGCAAAACAUCAGCUGGAAUGCUACAGAUGUUCUUGCUACGAUAGAAACUGUGCUGCAGGUUUACACUUGAUUUUCAGUUUAAAGUUUUCAGCUGUGAAGUCUGACUGAUUUUUUCCUUCUUUGUCUUCUCUGAUAGCAGUUAGCUUGUAGAGUCUUAAGUGCAUUUUAUUAAACUGAGUUUAUCUGAGUUUUCGAGCAGCAAACCCAAAAUUUAAAAGAGACAAAUUUUUGCUAUUUUUGUAACGGACAACACAGUUGUUCGUAAAUUCCCUCUUGCCCCCAAAGCCAACAGAAGAGAUCACAUUAGAAAUUGAGCCAUUGUAAUCAAAGGCCGCACCAGUUACUACUAGCUAAAUUACAGUGCCAUAUCUAGCCUGCAAGCUGGUUAGCAAAGCUAGCUACUUUGCUAGUAUGCCAAAACAAAACUUAAUUUAAGUAAAAUGGCUGUAGCUGCGGAUAGCACUCAAAACUGAAAGCUAGAAAACUAGCUCAGUGUUAGCUUAGCAAGCUAGCAAGAUAGCUUUCUAAAACAAAAUUAAAACAAAUAUCAAUUAAUUUCAGGAAGAACAAAAAUGUAAAAAAUGGUAUAAAUAUAGUAAAAUUGGGGGACAAAAUGUGGCACUGCAAUUAAAGAUAGCACCAGACAUUAGCUAGUAAACUAGCUACAUUGCUAGCUAAAUUAAACUAGAAACAUCAUUAGGUUGGCAGGCUAGUUAGCAAGCUAGUUUGCCAAAACUUAAUUUGUGGAAUAAAUUGACCUGGCAAGCUAGUUGCCAAGCUAGCUUGCCAAAACAAUAUUAAAACAAAACUCAGUUAAACGUAACAAUGAAAAUGUAAAUCAAGGGUAUGAAUUUAAUAAAACGUGGGAACAAAAUGUGGCACUGUUAAUGAUUGUGGCACUGAAAUUAUAGAUCAGACAUGAGCUAGAAAAUUAGCUACAUUAGCCUACUAGCUAAUCUAACCAGAAAUGUUAGCAAGCUACUGUAUUAGCAAGCUCGCUAGAUAGCAAGUUAGAUUGCCAAAACUGAAAUUUGUAGAUUAAACUGAGGGUUUAAAUAAACUUUCCUUCAAUUACUAAAAUGGGGGAACACAGUGAAGCUACGGAUAUCACUAGAAACUGAAAGCUAGAAAACUAGCUUAGUAUUAGCUUGGCGAGCUGGUUGCCAAGCCAGCUUGCCAAAACAAUGUUAAAACAAAAUUCAAUCAAACAAAAAAUAAAAAGGUAAAUUAAGGGUAUAAAUUAAUAAAAUGCCAAAACAAAAUGUGGCACUGUGAAUGACUGUGGCACUGGGAUUAUAGAUAUCAGACAUGAGCUAGAAAAUGAGCUACAUUAGUCAACAGCUAAUCUAAACCAGAAAUAUUAGCGAAUAAAAAAAAAACAUUGGCUAAUUAGCUACUAGCAAGCUAGCUAAUUACUUAUACGAAGGCAUAAAAUUAAAUUUAUCACAUUAUUAGUUAUUUGAAGGAAUGAGUUGCAAUUUGAGGGUAAAAUUGCUCAAUUUAGGAGACAAUUUGUUGAAAAAAUUCAGUGUAUAACCAAAUGUCUCAGCAUAUAACUUUGAAUUGUCAAAAUGAUCAUUUCCUCCAGAGUAUGACUGUAAAAUAAUCAUCAUAUUCCUGUAAUAAUAGCCAUUUGUACAAUAUCCGAUCUGCUAUUCUAAAAUGUUAACCUAAAUUAUUUUCUACAAGUUAUUAUUAGGUUUCUAACAUCAAUGCUGUUAUUGCUCAAAGGUAUAAAAGUGCAGAUGCACAAGUUAAUUUUGCUGCCACCAGGAAACUUUGCGAACAUGAGCUUUAGCUGCCAGUUUGAACGCAAACGCCUCUUGACAGAAAGACGGAGGAGAAUUUAGUUAAAGAGGAACUUCGUCCACAUUCCCAGAGAUGCAGAACGUUAAGACUCUGGGCUAGAUCUUAUGCUGAACGUCUCAGCUCUUCAUGUAGCCACAACAGUAUUUGAUCACUGUACUCUGGUUGUAAUAUUUAGGUUUUUUUUUAUUACAAGAUCUAUUAUUUUUGACGUCUUUGGUGCUAGAAUAAUAUCUCAUAGUUCUGUGUUUCAAGAUUCAAGGAUCCUGGUUUUAUUCAAAGCCUCAAACCAAACCCAAGUAGGCGGAUGCUCAUAGUUAAUGAAUUUAUUUAAUGAAUUUAAUAAAUACAGAUUACAGUGAGGGUUUCUGGCCUUGAAUAAAGGACGAUCUGAUACAUCAGAGGCAUUAACUGUUCAUUUCUAUUGACUGUGGAGUAAACUGCUGAGCUUCAUCAGUAGUCAGAGGUGUUUCCUACAGUCGACACUGUGUGUACUGACACGUAGCUGUGAGUAGUUUAAACUGUACACAUAAGAGAUACUGUCACAGUGUUUUAUUACAUGCAUGAAGUACUGUAGUUCUGAGUGUUGAGUGUAUUUACAGCAGCGUUUUAUCUCCUCUUCAUUCACACUAAUGAGUCGGUCUGUCGCUGUUUAAGAAUCACAACUGCUGGUUUUACAUGUUUUAAACAAUUAGGUGCAUAAACUUCACAUUCCUGCUCAUCAUUCUCCAAGUAAUUUUAAGUCACUGUUUUCAAUUUAUUUCUAUGAAAACCAGCUUGCAGAGACUUGAAACUUGCUGCAGAGAUAUUUAGUGAUGUCACUUUUGUUUUUGAAAACUCCGCUUUUGUGCAUUUAAGAAGCUCGACAUGUAAGAGCUGACAGUCGCCUGCCAAGUUAUUUUGUCGUGUAAUAUUUUUGCAAAAAGGCAAAACGAUUCAAAGCAAUGGUGGAGCACACAUAGUUAUUUUGCGGGUAUUUGUUACAUCCAUUAUUUUCACUUUUUUAUUUUUUCAUCAGAAAAUCAAGCGCAGGAUUCAUGAUUUUUGUUUUAUUUUAUUUAUUGAUUUAUUUUGUAGGGCCACUUCCUUUCAGUUUCGUCCACCAGUUUACUGGUGACAGACCACAACAAAAAAUGAUGCAUUCGAAUACUGAUUUAGACAUACUGAUUACCGAGGCAACAAUUGAAGCCUCGAAUUACCGUAAAACUUCAAUUAGUAGCCCGGGCUAUUAUUUGCUUAAAUCACUGAAAUCAAUGGGCCUAUAUUUGGGACAGGCCUUUAGUUCCUUUCACACAUAACUGUUGCUCAGCAAAGAUCAGGAAAUACAAUCACAUUGUUUAUUUAAACCAGUAUGAAUAUUACAUGUUUAGAAAUGAGGCUUCAGAUAAUAUAUCAGUACUGAAUCAUUCAUUUGAUCUAGCUGCAACAGACAGCGCAUCACAGAGUAAGAAUUAUGACGGCACCCAGCAUAUCGACACAACACCACUUUAUCCUGUUAAAACAAUCCUCACAACUUGGAUUCAUUUUGAUGAAAAACCCUUUUGAUUCUUUUGAUCUGAGGAAUAUGAAUAACUUACAGGGUAAUCGAGGAAUGGACACAUAAUUUUAGGUAGCCAACAACCUGCUUUUACACUUCCGAAGAACUUUUAUUAUAAAAAUGAACUGCUUGGCAACCAGACCAGGCUUCUAAUUGAGACAGGCCUUUAUUUGUUAAAAUGUGUAGCCACACUGGGGUAGUAAAAGGGACUGGGCGUUUAAUUGGGACUAGGGUUUUAAUUUAAGUUUUACGGUAUUAAGGUCAGCCCUAUUUUUUAGAAUGGAAAUGUUGAUUUAAACUGUAAAAUCCCAGCUUCCUGAAAUGCACCUUCUUCUUUUUUUUUUUUUCCGGAAGUCCCUCUUCAAAAGUGUGUUAACACUAGAUGAUGUUGAGCCUCUGAAGUUCAAAAAGAUUAUAUAUAUAUUUUUUUUUUUUCGCACUAGUUAUUGUCUUGUUCACACAGGUUAUAAGAAAAACACCUUUUAGGACUUCAAGUCUCUGUUCAUAUGAUUAUAUGAAAUGAACUGAAAUCAUCUUAAAAACUGUCACUAUGAUUUGCAGGAAUAUAAAGUUCACUGGCUAUAAAGCUAAAAGAUGCACAACCAGCAGUUUCGUCAUCAGACUUAAACAAAAAACAAAGCACAAAACAUCCUGCAGCUGAUGUUCCAACACUGAAGAUGAAUUUAUUUAGUCCAAAGUAAACACUCAAAGUGUUUUCGCCAUUUAUGACCUAAGAAAGUCCAGACUGAAGAGAACUAACGGGGUUCAUUUGGACAAAAAUGAAUGACGACAUCAGAUUAAAAGUAGUGUCGAAAAUAUAGACACAGAUUUGUCACCUGAAAGAUGAGUUCCCAAACGGCCAAAAAAGAAUCAGAAAAAAGAAAACGUAAAAUCUCCUUUUACGCUCAAAUAAUGAGCAAAUUAAGAAUCUAAAGCGACAGUUUAUGAUGUCAUCAUAUCUUAAAACUGUUUUUAUGGCUGCAUUAUUCCAUCAAAUGGAAAAAUUGUGCACGUCUGCUGAAUCAUUUUAGACCCAGAUUUAGUUUUUUCAAUACUUCUAAAUAAAUCUUCACCAAAAUUUGAAUGAAAGUUUGGUUGGAUUGAAUAAAUGGCGGACAUACCAGAAACUGAAUCAGCAGAAUUUCAGACUAAAAUCUUUUCUUAAUUUGUGCGCUUUUUGAGCAGAUAUUUCCUCGUGCAUCCAAAACAGUCAGAUUUCUGUAAACCCUAAAUGUUUCUGUUUCUCCACACUCCUCCAUCGAUGACAUAAACUACUUUCAUUUGUCGUUGAAUGUUUAAAAAAAAAAGUGCUUUUACGUGAUCUUUCUGCUUCUCUGCGUCCGUCGUGCCUCAUAGUGUCAGACUCACCUGUCGUCACUAAGCCCCGCCCGCCUGACAGCAGGCCAGGUGGUGGUUCGUCCUGCAGGUGGAGGUCUGCGUAGUGCCUCAUAGAGAAACGCUUCGACACCCUCAGUGCUCUGAUGUUUAACGUGAGUGUGUGUUAACAUGUGUUAACGCGCGUGUGUGUUUCCUGUGUGUGAGCUAACGUGCCUCCAGAUGUCAUCUAGAUUUUUCUUUUUGCUGUAACUAUGUUCAGUUUUAUUACCUGAAGUUUUAUUGAAUAGAAGAUAUGUAUAUUUUUGCAGACAGAAGCUGUUUUUUUUUUCUAUUUUAGUUUCAACUGUAAAGUUUUAACUGUAAAUUGCACUAAUUGUUCUACAGAUGCUCUUAGAUGUGACGUUCAGGUUAUUAUGAAUGUUGUAACAUUUAAAGCUGAAUAUAUAAUAGUACAUAUAUAUGUUUAAAUAACUGAUUCUUAUAUGUGUUUAAUCACAAUAAACUAAAUACCAUCUAAGAACU